AUGCCAACCAAAGCGUGGAGUCAUCUUUGUGCCGAUUUCCUCGGUCCACUACCCAAUGGAAAGUUUAUAUUCGUAAUGGUGGAUUUUUAUAGUAGAUAUGUGGUUGUCGAAAUAAUGACGAAAAUCACGUCUGCUGCUGUUAUCCAGCGUCUAGAGCAAAUAUUCACUCGAUUGGGUCUACCAGAUGUUCUAAAAACAGAUAACGCGGCAAACUUCUGCAGUCAAGAGUUCAGAGACUACUGUACAGACAACGGCAUAAAACUUACUCAUACGACCCCGUAUUGGCCGGCUGCAAACGGAGAAGUCGAGAGGCAGAACCGGUCACUACUAAAGAUUCUCAAGAUUUCACAACUGACCGGAGCUGAUAUGAACAAAGAUUUGCAAGAUUACAUCUAUAUGUACACGGUGACGCCGCACACGGUGACCGGUGUCUCUCCUGCUGAGCUCAUGUUUGGGAGAAGAUUCCGCGAUAAAUUCCCUCAUAUUGGCGAAGAAGAGCUGGUAGAGGACGAAGUGAAGGACAGGGAUUGGAUUAAUAAAUACAACAGCAAACUAUACCGGGACGUCAAGGUACGUGCCAGAGAAUCCGAUAUUCAAAUCGGUGAUGAUGUUAUUCUGAAAAAUCAGCACCGUGAUAACAAGCUGGCGCCGAAUUUCAUUCCACGUCCGGCAGUGGUUUUGGGGAAAAAAGGAAACAGCUACGUAGUACAAACGGAAGCUGGAACUAUUCUUCGACGAAACUAUUCACACCUUAAGCCUAUUCAACGUAAUAUUGCGACUACAAGUCAUCAACCAGGAAAUGAUACUAUCGAUGAUUCAGCGGUCAGCGAACCAGUACACGAUCGGGACCAACGACAACAUUCUCCAUCACCGGGUCCCAGCACGGAGGUAACAGAAGAACCACCGACAACGCGCCCUAAACGAAAUAUUAUACUUCCUAAGAAAUACCACGAUUAUCAGGUUGAUUUGAAUUGA